AUGGCGUCGUCAGAUGUGCGCGAAGACGGUUUCCCAGUCCCCAGUCGUCGCGCCUCUGGCCUUGUCAAUGGCGUCGCAACCGAGGUCACGUCAUUGAGCUUCUCGGACAGGAUCUUCGUCACCAUCAGCCAAGAGGGCCGACUCUCACAAUGGGUGCAAGUGCCGCUGACUGGCUCUGCGGCAGGCCUCGUUGAGAUGACACUGCCUACGGCGAGCCAUGGCCUCAUGCCAUCCACGCACCUGACGCCCAAGACGCUCCUAGGAGGUGGGGGAGACGACAGGGAAACGCUCGGACAGCUUUACGCCGCACAAAUCGCCAGCCGCUUGUCGUUGCAGUCACCGGAGGAUCGGAGGACACUCGUGCUGGGCUUGGGACUUAUCAAGGUUGACACUGAGCGGGAGGCUUUCUUUGACCUGUUUGAGCUGGCUCAAAAGGUGUUGUGA